UCCGCAAGUCUUGUACAUGGAUCGAUUUGGUCAGUAUGAUAUAACUAUAUGUGAUAUAGUCAAAAAAUGCAUAAAUCAUUUCUCCUCGUGUCCCAAGCAUGACGAUUACGUGGAUAUAUUACUAAGCAAUAUUACAGGAAAUUGUAAUUUACAUGAUAUUUUUUUUAUCAUUACUGAUGAUUCUUAAAUGAUAUACGGUACCGAAGGAUGAACGGAUGUUCCACAAACGUAUGGUGGUGCGUGGUCCUGACCAUGGUUUAUGGUUCCGUGUUGCUUCUGUUGAAUCUCAAGUACAGCAACGACUCCAAAAUCGUCCUCAGUCGGCUGUCCGCCGGACAGAGUAGCUGUGUUUGUCCAACUGCAUCUUCAACAGCGAACGACAAACAUGGAGAAAAGCAACACAAGGGGGAACCUUUACUCUGGCAAGCGGAGAGCGAUGCGUCAUUUCACAAAGGUGGCGAUGAUACGGUAGCGAGACGACUGGAGCAGAAGGUGAGGGUGUUGUGUUACAUCAUGACAAACCCUGAAAGUCUGGACACGAAAACUAUACACGUGAAAAACACGUGGGCGAAACGAUGUAACAAGGUCUUGUUCAUCAGUUCUGUCACAAACAAUACGUUCCCCACCGUCGGCGUCAACAUAAGUGAGGGUCGACAUCAUCUGACAGGAAAAACAAUGAAGGCGUUCGAGUAUAUUUACGAACAUCACAUAGACGACGCUGAUUGGUUCCUUAAGGCGGAUGAUGAUACGUACGUUAUCUUAGAAAACCUACGUCAUUUGUUAGAACCAUAUUCUCCAAAUGAACCUGUUUACUUUGGACAUCACUUCACACCGUAUGUUAAACAGGGGUACCAUAGUGGUGGCGCCGGAUAUGUCCUGAGUAAGGAGGCAUUGCGCAGGCUCGUAGUAAAUGGGAUUCUUCCCCGCAAUUGCACGAUCGAUGGAUAUGGGGAGGACCGGCAUAUGGGUGGCUGCAUGCAGAAUGUGGGGGUGAGAAUUGUUAACAGUACAGACUCCCUGGGAAGGAGCAGAUUCCACUGUUUUCAGCCAUGGGGUCACUUAUUUGGGAAAUACCCUGAAUGGUACAUCAGAUACGACGCUAACGGAGCAAAGUCUGGCCAGAACAGUAUCAGCGAUUACGCCGUUUCCUUCCAUUAUAUUUCACCUCAGUUAAUGUACGGUUUGGAGUACGUGGUGUAUCACCUUCGACCGUACGGCAUCAAAAUGGCGGACAAUGAGUGUAUGGUUUUGAUGUCAGUAUGGUUGAGUAUGGUCCUGACAAUUGUGUAUGGUGCCGCGCUGCUGUGGAUGAAUCUCAAGUACAGCCACGAUUCCGCAGACAUCUUAACUCGUCUGUCUUCAAGACAGACGGCCUGUGUUUGUCCACCAACGGAAACGACGGUGAACUACAAACAAAGAGAGGAGCAACAUCAACAGGAACCUGGUCUCUGGCAAGAGGACAGUGACGCGUCCUUCCAUCACGAUGAUGACGACACGGUAGCGAGACGACUCGAGCAGAAGGUGAGGGUGUUGUGUUACAUCAUGACACACCCUGACAACCUGGACAAGAAAACUAUACACGUGAAAAACACGUGGACGAAACGAUGUAACAAGGUCUUGUUCAUCAGUUCUGUCACAAACGUUACAUUUCCGACCGUCGGCGUCACCGACACUGAGGGGCGGAAACAUCUUACAGAAAAGACAAUGAAGGCAUUUGAGUAUAUUUACGAACAUCACAUAGACGACGCUGAUUGGUUCCUCAAGGCGGAUGAUGAUACGUACGUUGUCUUAGAAAACCUACGUCAUUUGUUAGAACCAUAUUCUCCGAAUGAACCAGUUUAUUUCGGACAUCACUUCAAGACACUGGCAAAACAAGGAUAUCACAGUGGUGGAGCCGGAUACGUCCUGAGUAAGGAGGCAUUGCGCAGGCUCGUGAUUAAUGGUAUUCCUUCCGGUAAAUGUACAUUACAGGGAUCGGAAGAGGACGUGUUUUUGGGUAGGUGCAUGCAAUACGUCGGGGUGAGGACGGGUAACAGUACCGACUCUUUGGGAAGAAGUCGAUUCCACUGUUUUAAGCCGUGGACACACCUGAGGGGAGGUUACCCAGAAUGGUACUUAAGAUACGAUGCUAACGGAGCACAAUAUGGCCAGGACAGUGUCAGUGAUUACGCCAUUUCUUUCCACUACGUUCAACCUGCGUUUAUGUAUGGUUACGAGUAUUUUGUUUAUCACCUUCGACCUUACGGCAUCAGAAUGGCGGACGAUGAGUACGAAACGUGACAUAUUCAUUCGUAAGCAACUUGAAUUGAUAAAUUGAAGGAGGUGGCUAUGUAAAGGACGGUUUCCAUAUCAACGUUUGUUUAGGAAACAGUAGAUGUAAUAAAUACUCAAAUAUUGCGAUAUAACUUAGUACACUAUAUACAAUUGUCAUUUUACAUAUAGAUAAUACAUAUUUUACAUAUUGAUUCCUCCAUUCUAACCUUUUAACCUAC